CCAGCGCGGCCUGCACCAGAAACCCACCACCACGCUGACACCGCCGUGACCCUGAUCCCACGCACCCCCACCACGGGUACCAGCUUAACUCCCAGUCCCCGGCUGACACCUCAUCGUCCGCACGCGCACCCCUCACCCAGUCACCCCCACACGAGAGCCGAUCCCCCGAUUACCCGUGACCCCCUCUCCUCUCUCGCACUUGCAGGAGUCCAGCCGUGAGCCGUGCCGUGCCGACUACCAGGCUCCAGGCUACCAGCCAGCAAUCCGCCGCAGGGGAAUCUAAUCGGAGUCCCCGAGGCAGCCCCGCGGCCGACCGGCUCUCCGCCCCUCGCCGCGCCGCACCGACGACUCUCUCAGUCCGGAUCCCGAUCUGCGUGGCCGCGUGGGUGAGCGGAUGGAGGCGGGGCGGCAGCAGCAGGAGGAGGCGGAGGAGGGUUGCCCGUGCGGCGGGGCGGAGGCCGAGGCCGGGGACCAGUUCGACCGGCUCCACGACGCGGUGCUGCUCGACGUCCUCAACCGCAUCGGCGACGUCAAGGCGCUGGGCCGCUGCGCCCUCGUCUCGCGCCGCUUCCACGCGCUCGUCCCGCUCGUCGACUCCGUCUUCGUCCGCGUCGACUGCGUCAUCCCCGACGACCCGCCGCACCCCGCGCCCCCGGCACCCGGCUCCCCGCAGCACCAGCAGCAGCAGCACCAGGCGCCGGCCGCGCGAGGGCGCGGCGCGCUCGCGCACAUCGCGCGCGUCCUGCUCGGCGGCAUCGCCAGGCCCAUCCACGCGCUCGGCCAGAUCCUCUCCCCCGCCGCCGCGGCCGUCUCCCGCCGCUCCGAGCCGCAGCCCGCCUCCCCGCCCGCGCCCGCCGCGGACGUCUCCCACCAUUCGCCCUCCGAGGUGCUCCGCUCCUUCAAGGAGCUCCGCCGCCUCCACAUCGAGCUGCCCUCGGGCGAGCUCGGCAUCGACGAAGGCGUGCUCCUCAAGUGGAAGGCCGAUUUCGGCUCCACCCUCGGCAGCUGCGUCAUCCUCGGGGCCUCGUCGGUCUCGUCCAAGACGACGUCGCCGUCUGCUCAGCCCGAAACUGACGCCGCCGACAGCACGGACACCUCACCCGAUCCCAACAGGGAGACUGAAGACCUGGGGAGCGUGCCUGAGUCGCUCUAUACCAAUGGAGGCCUCAAGCUUCGCGUCGUCUGGACCAUCAGCUCGCUGAUUGCUGCGUCGGCGAGGCAUUACUUGCUGCAGCCGAUAAUUUCUAAUCACGCAACGCUGGAGAGUUUGAACCUCACUGACGCUGACGGACAGGGGGAGCUCACCAUGGACAAGAGGCAGCUUCAGGAGCUGAGGGUGCGGCCCGUCUCGGCGUCAGCAAGCUCGCAUCGCACGCUCAUGCCGGCGCUCAGCAUGCGACUGCACUACGCGCCGCUCAUCGAGCUGCCUGGGGGAAUGCUGCUGAAGGGUGCCACGCUGGUGGCGAUCAGACCAAGCGAAGAUGCCUUGAGGGGGGAGGGUCAAGGGGUUGGGACUGCUGGUUCUGUCGGUACAUGUUGGGUUUCAGAGGCCUUUGAGGAGCCAUAUCGAACUGCAGCAAAGGUGCUUCUCAAGAGAAGGCCGUAUUGCCUUGAAAUGAACUCGUUCUGAGCAUCACGGAUUCAGUUCCAGAGAGUUCCACCCUUAUGGCAGGACUGUGGGAUGCUUUUUGGAUGAAUAUAGGAGUAUUUAUCAUUCAGUGCAAGAAUCGGACAAAGACGCCUCCCAUCCGUUGAUUAUUCCAGCGUAGUGGUGACUUUGCGUACCUGUAAGUAUAUAUACAUGUUUGCGUUGGGUUACUACAGGCUGGAAUGCCAUUGGAGUCGAAUCUACAGCAAAGCAAUAUGAAGGGAAGCCAUGCAAUGUGCCUCACUUGAGCUUGGUGCUCCUAGGCCAAGCUGACAUUAUACUUUCCUCAAGGAAGCCCCGAAGAUUUUGUUAUUUAGCAAGCAGCACCUUUUUUUUUUGCUUAAAUCUUUGAGGGGUCAUGCUCCUGGCACUGUAUCAAAUAUAGACUAAUAUACCGUCCUUUUCGGAAAAGUUAGCCCUGCUGUCCGUUUCUAGGCGUUAUGUGCGCGAGACUACCUUUCAUCCUAGCUGAAUUUGGAAAUAGGUGCAUUUGCAAA